CGCUGCAGUCGCUCGUCGAGACGCACACAGAGACUGCUCUCGUCGUCUCGUUUCGCAGUCUCAUCUGUCGCUUUUCAUUAUCAAUCUCUGGCCAAAAGAGGCGCCGUUCUUCCGCGCUCCAUUCAGUUCCGUGACGUUGUUGUUGUUUGCAGCGACCUGCAACCGCAUCCGCAACGCGACCCGUGACUUUGCUCAACGUUGUCUGCAAUUUCUUUUGACAAUUUGACAACAAAAUCAUAGACAAUUGUUUUGCUCGAGGAAUGCUCGUGGACCUCACUAAAAAUAGCCUCGAAUCUGAGCUAUAUUAAGUAUAUAUAUAUAUCCAUAUAUAUAUAUUUAGUAGUGUGUGUUAUGCUGUGUGUUGUCUGGGCCAAGUGGAAAACUUGUUAAAAAUAAAACAUAACGUCAAGUGAAAGCCUCAGAAACUGCCCAAGUGCAGAUUAGCAUAUGCAAAAAAUACAAAAAACCAAACAACAACAACAACAAACAAUAGCAACAGCGACAGUUAGCACAAUCUCCAGCGACAGCAACCACCGAGAGCAUCAAAUUCUGGAAUUUCAUUUGAUCUCAGGUGAACCACUUGACGAAGCAUAAGGAACUCUGUGGGAGUGUGUAGCAUGCUAGCCGCAGUCAUGGCAUCAGAUAUCAAUUGGGAUCCAGCGCUUUCGAGAUUGAUAACAACGUUAAAGGAAUCGGACAAUCUGUCCAAUGACCAGGAGAUUGACUUUCUCAAAGCUCUGCUGGAGUCCAAGGAACUUAAUGCCUUGGUUAACGUACACACAAAGGUGGCCAAGGUAGGUCGCGAUGAUCGACUAGCUCCUGUUUUGUCCUCCUCCGCCCAGGUGCUUUACGAGGUGCUCGAACAGCUCUCACAGCGCUGCCAUCUGAACGAUGAGUGCAAGGAGGCUUUCCAUCUGCUACAAGACUCCCAUGUGCAGCAUCUUCUAUUUGCCCACGAUGCCAUUGCCCAGAAGGACUUUUAUCCGCAUCUGCCGGAGGUGCCCAUCGAAAUGGACGAGGAUGAGGAGACCAUUAAAAUAGUGCAGCUCGUCAAGAGCAACGAGCCAUUGACAGGAGCACAAAGUGCGGAACCGAUUGUUGGCGCAACUAUAAAAACCGAUGAGGAGACGGGCAAGAUAAUCAUUGCUCGCAUUAUGCACGGCGGAGCUGCGGAUCGCUCGGGUCUGAUACACGUAGGCGACGAGGUCAUCGAGGUCAACAGCAUCAACGUGGAGGGCAAGACGCCGGGCGACGUGCUCACCAUUUUGCAAAACUCUGAGGGCACAAUUACCUUUAAGCUGGUGCCAGCGGACACCAAGGGCGCACAACGCGAGUCCAAGGUGCGUGUGCGUGCUCACUUUGACUACAAUCCGGAUGUGGAUCCGUAUAUACCCUGCAAGGAGGCGGGCCUCGCUUUCCAGCGUGGCGAUGUCCUGCACAUUGUGGCGCAGGACGAUGCCUACUGGUGGCAGGCGCGCAAGGAUCACGAACGCUCGGCACGCGCUGGUCUCAUACCUAGCAGAGCGCUCCAGGAGCGACGCAUUCUGCACGAACGCACCCAACGGGAGUCAAAUGACUUGGACUCGAAGCCGGGUUCAUGCGCCUCACUCUGCACCACCCCGCCGGGCUCGCCGCGCCUGCAGACGAGCAGCAGCAGCUCGUCCUGCCGUCAGCCAAAGACUAAAAAGAUCAUGUACGAUUUGACAGAGAACGAUGACUUUGAUCGCGAACUGAUUGCCACAUAUGAGGAGGUGGCCAAGCUGUAUCCUCGUCCUGGCAUCUUUCGUCCAGUCGUGCUCAUUGGUGCCCCUGGAGUUGGUCGUAAUGAAUUGAGGCGACGUCUUAUAGCUCGGGAUCCGGAGAAAUUCCGUAGUCCAGUCCCAUAUACCACUCGACCCAUGCGUAUUGGUGAAGUUCCUGGCAGGGAGUACAUCUUUGUGGCGCGCGAUAAAAUGGAUGCAGACAUCGAGGCGGGCAAAUUUGUGGAACACGGAGAGUACAAGGGACACCUCUAUGGCACUUCGGCAGAGAGUGUCAAGUCGAUUGUGAACGCCGGCUGCGUCUGUGUGAUCAGUCCGCAUUAUCAGGCCAUUAAGACGCUGCGCACGGCACAGCUGAAACCAUUCCUUGUGCACAUUAAGCCUCCAGAGUUGAGUGUGCUCAAGUCGACGCGAACCGAGGCGAGGGCCAAGUCCACGUUCGAUGAGGCGAAUGCGCGCAGCUUCACCGAUGAAGAGUUCGAGGAUAUGCUGAAAUCGGCGGAUCGCAUUGACUUCCUAUAUGGCCACUUCUUCGAUGUGGAGAUCGUCAAUGGGGAGCUGGUGAAUGCUUUCGAGCAACUUGUCCAGAAUGUGCAGCGACUCGAGAAUGAACCUCUGUGGGCGCCCUCGAUUUGGGUGCAGUAAAUUAAGGGAUCAAGGAUCACAGCAUGCCAUGCAUUUGUUGAACAAAGAAAAAACAAAACAAAGAAAAAGAAAA